GGAUUCCAGUUCCACCUUUCUUCUGGAAUCUCAAAUUUCAUAAACCCCAGAUCCACAGAGCCACUUCCCAAAAUACCACAGAAAUCAAAGACGUAGAUUAUCUUUCCUGUUUCUGUCCUGGAUUUCUUCACCGUAUUGUGUUCUGUUCACACCCUUCAUCCCAACAAUUCUCCUAAACUAAAUAUCAUCAACCCAGCUGAUUGACAAAAUACUAGAGAUUACUACUCUGCUACAACAAACAUAGAAAACAAGGUAAAGGAACUGUUUUUCCUGGAAGAAAGAUCGAGUCUUUGUGCUGUUUGUUAUCCGGGUGGUAUGCACAGAUCUGGAGUGGCGAUGGCGUGGAACGUGUUCAGGUUCUGUACUGCCUUGAGGGGUCUGGGGUCGAUCAUGAUCCUGUUGGUUCUUGGGGUUGUGGGUGUCACAUACUAUGCUGUUGUUUUGACAAAUUAUGGCCCAGCUUUGUACGAGGGUGGCCUUGAUUCUGUAACUGCUCUGGGUGUUUUGAUCUUGUUCCAUUGUUUGUUAGUGAUGCUGUUGUGGAGCUACUUUUCCGUUGUUUUCACCGAUCCGGGUAGUGUACCUCCUAACUGGAGGCCUGCUAUGGAUGAGGAAAGAGGGGAGGGCGAUGCAUUGAAUGGAUCAGAAUUCAGUGCUUUGCAGUCUGACCCAUCGAAUCAAAGAAUUAGGUAUUGUCGGAAGUGCUCCCAACUGAAACCACCACGGUGUCAUCACUGUUCUGUUUGUGGGCGUUGUGUGCUGAAGAUGGACCAUCAUUGUGUGUGGGUUGUGAACUGUGUUGGUGCCCUAAACUACAAGUAUUUCCUUCUUUUCUUGUUCUACACGUUUCUUGAGACUACUCUUGUGACUCUGGCCUUAUUGCCCCAUUUUAUAGCAUUCUUUAGUGAUGGAGAAAUUCCUGGAACACCAGGAACCCUUGCCACCACUUUUCUUGCCUUCGUUUUGAACCUGGCAUUUGCAUUGAGUGUGCUCGGGUUUUUGAUCAUGCACGUAUCACUGGUGGCUGCUAAUACAACAACCAUUGAGGCUUAUGAGAAGAAAACCUCUCCAAAAUGGCGUUAUGAUCUUGGUCGAAUGAAAAAUUUUGAGCAGGUAUUUGGCACAGACAAGCUAUACUGGUUUAUUCCAGCAUACUCUGAAGAAGAUUUACGAAAGAUACCAGCACUUCAGGGUCUUGAAUACCCAUCAAGGCCUCACUUUGAUUCCCAAGAGGUUUAAAAACCUGUGCUCCAAGCCAAGAAAUAUGGAAAGUCUUUUCUUGUUAACUAACAUUGCAGCAUUCCUGGAAAUCAUUCCCCUACAUCCUUCUGAUGAAUUAGCCAGCCGCCUAACAGUUCAUUACAAGGGGCAUUUUCUUGUUGAGAUGAGGAGGAGAGGGGAAUAGAGAGAGAGCACUUUCUAGGAAUAAAUCAGGGAAGGGCUGCGGAAAUGGCUAUAGUUGAUAAUGUUAUAAAAUUUCAUGUUGUAGUUGCAUUUUUAACAGAGGGUGCGAGUUUAGGGUAUGGUGAAAUGUAAUUUGUUAACACGGUGGCAUGAUUUUUUUUUUGGGUGGAAGUGGCAUGAUGUUGCCUAACCUAACCUUUGUUGUAUGUUCAUUGGGAAAAAAAAAAGGAAAAAAUGAAAAAAUGUCAAAAGUAGAACCAUUAGGUGGCAUGGAAAUGUGUCCUAUGUGAUUCAUGGCUUCUUCAUUGCCAACUCAAAAGUCAAACACGAUUGAAGGACAACUGAAAGAAAAAUGAAAUACAAAGGUUUUA